GGUAACCAUAUCUGCUACUGUACACUUUCUCAGCAUGUCACGCUUGUGCUUACAUAUACUAGACAACAGUCAAUAGAAGGAUAGGUUCAACCAAAAGUCGCGAAGGCUUUAAAAUAAACGUUUGGAGGCUUUAGUGCGACCGAGAACCCCCCACGAUGUAAAAUGGAAUGCGCUGUUCUGUCUCCGCAGCAACCAGAUGUAACAACAGUUGUACUGAGAGAGACACAGCGCUUAGGUGUUAUUUCCCCUGGGCUUUUCAAACCUUCACAGUUUUAAAAUGCCUGAAGGAAGGACUGAUAUGGAGAGGAUUGGCCUCUUCAGUGAGAUGGGAUAUACCAGCAUUGGAGAUAAAUAUGCGCCCCCCGGCUCCAAACCCUUUAAUGAAUCUGCAAGUAAGAAUAGACAAAUACUUCCUGGAGGCUCCAAAUCCAUGGCUAAUAUUUUAGGUGGAUACUUUGAUGCUCAGUUCAAGAGAGUUUUUGAAGGGGAAUCUUACUCUGAUGUUUUAAAGCAAAGAAGACAGUAUCGAAUGCAGCAAAGCAAAAAGAACUUGGGAAAGCCCUUCCUCCCAUCCAGUGGAGAGAAAAAGCCAUCUGGAUUGGGCAGUUUCUAUGGCACUGUUGGAGGUCCGGUGGUGGCAUUUAGUGCUGAACUAAAACCAAGGAAAGCAUACACUGCACCAGGGAAAAACUUCUACACUAAUCCUCCAAAACAGGGCAGUGGAUAUGGAUAUACCAGUGUAACCAUAGGUAAACCAUAUCUAUACUCCUCUGAAAAUUAUGACAUCGCAACAGAGUUAAUAAAGAAGGAAAUUGAAAAUCACAAAUCAAAACUGAAGGGCGGACCAUUUAAGCUAAACCUGCAUCCAAAGGAUCAUUUCAAUCCAAACCCUUACUAUACAGAUAAACCUCUACCACCACUUAAGGUUCACUCACAAAAAAAAGAAACUGAAAAACCUUUUAAACCAAGCUCACCUGGUAAACAGGCUGGUGGAAUGAAAGCUGGAACGUUUGACACAUACCCUACUCACUCCAACGAUCCUUACACAAUAAAGUCUGCCAAAACUCCCAUUAAAGAAAGAAAAAUCUUCCAUCCUCCCGGUGGACCAAAAACGUAUCCAGUUCACAGCAUUUUGACCUCAAAUGUAAUAAAGUCAGUGACUGCUGUAAAUUACAAAACUGUAAAUCUAACGUCAUACUGAAUUUGUCCCAGCGUUCAACACUGCAGAAAAAUGUAAAUGAAUAAAUGUGAUGUAUGUGAGGACAAUCUCUAUGUCUUGUUUUAUACACCACAUAAAUUUAUAUUUUUUAAAGUAACAUAUUUGAUGAUUAUUGAAUGUCUUAAUAUACUUCUAAAUUAUUUAAAGUGUCACCUCUUGGUCUGUGGGUAAAAAUAAACUAUUUUCUGCAAAAGGAA